AUGAAAUGUGUAAGAAACAAAAAUAAAAAGCGAGAAAAAGAGAGAAAAAAAAAAAUUCUACGUAUUCUGACCACUGUGUUCACAUCAACAAUAACUACAAACAUGUCUGAAUUACCUAUAAGUUAUGAUAAUAAAUCGAAGAAAUUAUCUUUAUCGACCAUUCCUGAUGAAAAUAAUGAAGAUUUAUUACAAUUGAAAUUAGAUGUUGAUCAACUUAAUACUUUAACCCAGGAAAUUAUUAAUCAAGGAAGUGACGUUCCUCCCCAACCAAAACCAGAAAAUUUCAAUAAAGAUUUAUCCAAGAUGAUUAAAAAGUUAUACGACGGUGGUGUCCAAGCAUUUAAAGUUGGAAAAUUCGAAGAUAGUGCUAGACAAUUCACUAUAGGUAUAGAAAUGAUUAAUAGAAGACCAAAAAUUGAAAGUUUCCAAGGAACUAUUCAAGAACUAUCGAUGUUUUUGAUGAGUAGAACCGAUGCUUAUUUGAGAAUAAAGGAAUAUCAAAAAGCAUUUAACGACGCUGACUUGUUACUUAGCAUGCAGAUGAACACCCCAGAUAAUUUUUUGAGAAGAGGUGUUGCCAAUUACUUUUUACAAAACUAUGAAGCUGCUAGAAGUGAUUAUCAAAGAGGUUUACAGUUUGAUGAAAAUAAUGAGCGAUUACAGAAGGAGUUGACAGUAUGUUUGGAUAAGAUUUUAGAAGAGAAUGGUGAUUAUUUGUAG